GCUCGCUUUGGAAAUUGCUGCUGGGUUGGCCGUCACAGUCUGAUGGGUGUUCUCACCGUAUGGGUGACCGCAGGUCCGCAGCAAACACACAAGCCCGCUUCAAACUCCAAGAAGGAAUCUUUUCCCUGUUUACUCCCUCCAUCAAUACAAAACCCUAAACCCAUCACGAAGCCUUGGAGCUUUACUUGAAUUCCUCCAAUGGCGGACAACCUCUCCUCCGAUGAGGACUCAGAGUUCAGCGAAUCUGAACUCGACGACUACGCCGAGAAAGCCUAUUUGUCCUUCAAAGACGGAAAUCACCGAAUUCUAAACCCCGAUGGCACCAUGCGCUGUCCUUUCUGUGCCGGUAAGAAGAAGCAGGAUUAUCGAUACAAAGACCUUCUUCAGCACGCAAUUGGAAGGGGCUCUUCCACUUCAAGAAAGGCUAAGGAGAAGGCCAACCAUCUUGGCUUUGCUCGAUUCCUCCAAAACGACCUCGCCCUGGCCGCAGGGAUCGUGAAUCCUUCUCCUCCACCGCUUGCAGCUGAAAAGGCAUCAUCCAGUUCUAAUUCGAGCACCGACGAGCUUUUUGUUUGGCCUUGGGCGGGAAUGCUUGUCAAUUUGCCUAUAGAAUAUGAGUGUGCUCUUCUCAAAGAGCAAUUUUCAGAGUUCAAUCCGGUGGAUCUCAUUGUUUCUCCUGAGCGAUACCCUGAAUCGGGUAAAGGCGAGGCUGUGAUUUUGUUUAAUAGUGAUUGGAGUGGGUUCAAGGAUGCCGUGGCAUUUGAAAACCACUUUAAGGCUAAGCGGCUGGGAAAGAAGGAUUGGAAUGAAAAGAAAGGCCUGAACUUGACUGGGAUUCAUGGGUGGAUUGCACGUGAUGAUGAUUUUAAUUCUGAUAGGCUGCUUGGAAAGAUUCUGCAGAAGCAUGGGGAAUUGAAGACGGUGGAGGAUGUGACGGAGGAGGAGGCGAGGGAGAAUGGUAUGGUGGUGGCUGUUCUUGCGAAGAAAAUAGAGGUGAGGAAUAAGUACUUGCAGGAAUUGGAGUGCAAAUAUAGCGACACGAACAUGUCACUUAAAAACUUGAUGGAAUCGAAUGCUAAGAUUCUACAGGAGUACAAUGAAGAAAUGCAUAAUAUUCAGCGGAAAGCUCGGGAGAAUGCACGAAGGAUUUUAAUAGAAAAUGAUAAGCUGAAGAUAGAGUUGGACACAAAGAAGAAAGAGAUUGAACAACGGUGCAGAGAGCUUGAUAAAUAUGUGGCCAAAAAUGAUGGCGAGAAACGGAACAUUGACAUGCAGAAAGAAAAGACUGCUCUAGAGAAUUCUAACCUUGAAUUGGCAACAAUUGAGAAAGAGAGAGCUGAUGAAGAGGUCAAAAAGCUUCUGGAGGAACAGAAGAGAGAAAAAGAAGUUGCUCUUGCAAGACUACUUCAGUUAGAGAGAGAACUUGAUCAGAAACAAAAACUGGAGCUUGAAAUUGCUCAGCUGAAAGGUAAAUUGAAAGUUAUGGAGCAUUUGCAAGGGGAAGAAGAUAUAGACAAGAAAAUAGCAGAAUACCACAUCAAAUUGGAACAAGAUAAGGAGCAUUUAGAAGAGUUGCACAACACUCUUUUCGUUAAGGAACGUGAGGCCAAUCUGGAGCUCAGUGAAGCUCGUGCGGAACUGAUAGGGGGACUUUCAAAAUUGUUGAAAGGUCCUACCUUGAUUGGAAUAAAAAGAAUGGGUGAUCUUGAUAUCAAGCCUUUCGAAAGUGCAUGCAAGAAGAAGUUUCCAGCCGAAGAAGCUGAUAUUAAAGCUUCAGAGCUGUGUUCUAGCUGGGAUGAACAAAUUCGUGAUCCUUCGUGGCAUCCUUUUAAAAUCAUCGAACGUGAUGGCGUAAAAGAGGAAAUAAUUGAUGAAAACGAUUCAAAACUGAAGAGUUUAUGGAUUGAUUUUGGGGAUGAUGUGUACAAUGCUGUGAAGCAAGCUUUGUUUGAGUUAAAUGAGUAUAAUCCGAGCGGGCGAUAUCCAGUAGCUGAGCUAUGGAAUUGCAAAGAGGAUCGCAAGGCGACGAUGUCGGAGGUCAUCCAUUACAUUGUCAAACAAUUUAGAGCUCGCCGAGCUCGGAGAUGAUGUAUCUAUCUAUGUAUGAUGUGUUGCAGUAAUUUUUAUUGUUCUUAUGAGAUGGACAGCUUUUAUGCUAUGUAUGUUUCUAAGUUGGAGACUCUGUGGAUUGGGUUGUUUUUCCUCUGUCCAUUUUAUCCAAUGCCAUGCUAAGCUGCAGACUUUGUUUUCUUGAACAUAUAAUUAGGCAUUUUGCCUGGAUUUGGUUAUUUGAUAUAACGAAGAUUUUUA